UACAGGCGAAUAGUGGAUUAAUUAAUAUUAAUGUAACCCUUCACCAUAGUACGAUUAGGAAACGCGGCUUCUGAUCUUCCGUCACAUCAGCUCCGCAAUACUGGCAGGAGACGAACAGGAAAUUUUAACUAAAAGACAGCUUUAAGAGUGUUUGCUCCCUUUUAUUUGUAGUAAACGGGUGUAUUCCUGUUAUUCAACUGCUUGUAUUAAUUCUCCCACCUAUUUAGCCGCGGAGACAAUGCUUCAGUGUCUAUCUGGAAGUUCGUGUGUGCGUGUCAUAGAAGGUUACAGGUCUACGUGGUAUUUCUUGGUCCUGGUACUGGCGUAUGUGUUAUAUCUAUUAUUCGGGGCUUUAGUGUUUUCCGCGGUGGAGCUGCCGUAUGAAGAGCAGCUUCGGCAGGAGCUUCGGACCGCGAAGCAGCAGUUUCUAGAGGAUAAUGAAUGUCUGUCCGAAGAAAGACUGGAGGAGUUUCUCACCAGGGCUCUAGAGGCGAGUAAUUACGGUGUAUCGGUUCUCAAUAAUGCUACCACUAACUGGAACUGGGAUUUCACAUCAGCGCUCUUCUUCGCCAGCACUGUGCUUUCCACGACAGGAUAUGGACACAGCGUUCCUCUCUCGGAUGGUGGUAAGGCCUUCUGCAUCAUUUACUCAGUGGUGGGAAUCCCGUUCACCCUGCUGUUCCUGACUGCAGUGGUCCAGAGGAUCAUGGAGUUCAGUACCCGUAGGCCAGUGGAGUACCUGCACCGGCGCUGGGGCAUGUCCAAACCUACGCUGGCUGCCCUGCACGCCACUCUUCUGGCUAUUAUAACCAUCUCCUGCUUCUUCCUCAUACCUGCCAUCAUCUUCUCAGUACUGGAAGAGGACUGGAAUUUCCUGGAGUCCUUCUAUUUCUGCUUCAUCUCUCUAAGUACUAUUGGCUUAGGCGACUAUGUACCAGGAGAAGGCUAUCAUCAGAGGUUCAGAGAACUCUAUAAAUUAGGCAUAACAAUAUACCUGAUAUUGGGCUUGAUCGCGAUGUUGGUGGUUCUGGAAACCUUCUGUGAACUUCAGCACCUGAAGAAGCUCAGGAAGAUGUUCUACUUAAGGAAACAAAAAACAGAGGACCAGCUUAACAUUGUGGAUCAUGAUCACCUCUCAUUUGCCUCUGUGUCAGACCAGGCAGCCUCAUUUAGGGAAGAUAAGACAGAUAUGUUUCCUGAUGACAUAGUCUCUGCCUCACCUGCUACCUCCAGUGGACCAAUGGACCGAUGAGACGUACUGAAAUUCUGUCACGAAACUUGACACGUUAAUAUUUCUGAAACAUCUCCGCUAAGAGUAUAAAUGUAUUGUUAGUGUAUUCUGCUGUCACAUUAAUGGAAAACUACCAUAGAUAGAAAUAUUUGAAACACAUGCUAAAGGUAAUUUGUUAUUGAUAAGGAUUAUAUGAAUUUGUAGAAUACAUGAUAUCAUAUGAGAUCAUUGUUCAUGCAGCUGCUGAACUGGAAAACAUGUUGUGACCAGGGUUUUGUGUGUGUUUGUGUGCAUAUGUAAAAGAUAAAUCCAUCCAUGACUCUGAAUAUAAAUAGUUAACUGGUAAGUGGUUGUAGACUAGUAUAUCAUACUUCAUAUGCUGUUCUUGUUAGGUGACUUAAAGGGAUCCACACCCUGUAUUACAGAUGAUACUGUAUUAAUGGGAAUCAUGUCUUCAGGUUACUAAGUUUGUAGGCAUUGCUUAAGGCAGGAAAACACUAAAUGACUCUUAAGGCAAUUUUUGCCCUGAUUUACAGUCUGGAAAAGUUGACACUAUCAGUCUAUUAAUUUUAGGCAGUCAGAGUUGACAGAUUUCGCAGAAAAUCAUUUAAGGUGUGUAUG